CUCUCAGAAGAGAAAAACAGAGAGAGGGAGAAGAAGAAGAAGAAAAGGCUGCAGAAAAAAAAUGAAAAUGUUUCAUUCACGUCAAAUCUGGACCUGACUGAAUAAUUUCACUGUUCAUCUUCUUCAUCAUCGGUUCAUCUUAUCUUGUUUGAGGUUGUUUUUCUGAGUUUUUUUUUGUUUUUUGUUUCUGAAACCAGAAACUAAACCUACCACUUGUCUGAUAUUCUUUAAAUGGAACUUGACACGAUUACUUCUUCUUCUCUCUCUGUUUUCUUCUUGUUUUAGUCAGUAACGCUUUCUUCUUCUUCUUCUUCUUCUUCUUCCUUUUUAUCAUUAUUCUUCUUUUGAUUUUGUCCAUGUAGUAUGUGGUUUUUUUUUGAUCGUUUUUGAGAUUUUUAGGAUUCCUCAAGAUCAGAUCAUCAUUUGGUUGCGUCUAAGUUUUUUUUCUCUUUGAUUAAGUUAUUAAUUGAAGCAGAGAGACAAGAUUACAUAAAAUGUAAAUACAAAAAUGGUGGUUGAAAGAGACUUAGAUUCAUUACUAUCUUAAUCUCUGAAACUCUCUGCAUAAUACAUCCAGAAAACUCUGCAUCUCUGCAAUUAAGAGCUUUUUGAAGAAGAUGUUGGAUCUUAAUAUAGGUAUGUCAGUUGAUUAUACUUGUGGGGAAGAUGAAGUAAUGAUGGAAAGAGAUCAACAUCAUCAUCAUCAGCAACGACAACAAGAAAGUUCAGGUGGAGGUGGUGCUGGUGGUGGAGGAAUAUUUAUAGAUGAUUCAGGGACAUCAAAUUCAUCAGCAGCAAAUGUUGAUGGAGGAGGUGUAUCAUCAAGUAAUGGUGGUGAUGAAGAAUCAUGUUCUACUUUUACUGCUUAUAACUUUGAAAUCUUAAGCAGAGAUUAUAAAAAUAAAAUCACAAUCGAAGACGACGAUGAUGAUCAAGAAGAAGAACAGCAACUGAGUCAUCAUAACUCAAUUUAUGUAACUCGCCAACUAUUUCCUGCUUCUCCUAAUAGUACUAAUGAUGGUGGUGAUGGUAUAAGUAUUCGAUUAGGUUCAUCGAUGGCUUCUUCUUCUUCUGCUUCUAAUUCAAGACCACAUUAUGUUGAUCUUUCAUUUUGUCAAAAUGAGACUGUUCAUCGUGAGGUGGUUAAACCCAUACAGCAACCACAACCACAACCACAGCCACAGCCACAACCACAACCAGUGAAGAAAAGUAGAAGAGGACCUAGGUCUAGAAGUUCUCAGUAUCGUGGAGUUACAUUUUACAGAAGAACUGGGAGAUGGGAAUCUCAUAUUUGGGAUUGUGGGAAACAGGUGUAUUUGGGUGGAUUUGAUACAGCUCAUGCUGCAGCAAGAGCGUAUGAUCGAGCUGCAAUCAAGUUCCGAGGAGUCGAGGCGGAUAUUAACUUUAAUCUUAGUGAUUAUGACGAUGAUUUGAAACAGAUGAAGAACUUGACAAAAGAAGAGUUUGUUCAUAUCCUUCGCCGCCAGAGUACUGGUUUUUCAAGAGGGAGUUCGAAAUAUAGAGGAGUUACAUUACAUAAGUGUGGUCGAUGGGAAGCUCGCAUGGGUCAAUUCCUUGGCAAGAAGUAUAUUUAUCUUGGGCUAUUUGAUAGUGAAGUAGAAGCCGCAAGAGCUUAUGACAAGGCAGCGAUCAAAUGUAACGGAAGGGAAGCAGUUACUAACUUUGAGCUUAGUUCCUAUGAGGGAGAGAUGAUUCCUGAUGUCAAUUUAGGAGGCAAUGAACACAAUCUUGACCUUAAUUUGGGAAUGUCUCCCUCCUCUUUCCCGAAUACUCCUAAAGGGAAUGAUCACAUGGGCGCUCACCAUAUCCAGCUUACUCCUUUCGAGCUGACUGAUGCCAGAAGAGGAAGUGCUGCUACGUCAACACCUGCGGAACACCCUCAUGCCCAUGUGAUGGCAUCUGAACCACCUCCCAUUUGGAAUGGUGGAUACCCCGGUUUCUUUCCGAAUUAUGAGGAAAGAGGGACAGAGAAGAGGGUCGAAGUAGGUCAACAGGGCCUCUCAAAUAAUUGGGCGUUCCAAAUGCACGGCCACCACGGUUCCAGUGCUAACAGAAUGCUCCCAUUCUCUACUACUGCAGCAGCAUCAUCAGGAUUCUCUUCUUCAACAACGAUUGCCCCGCCACUUCCUCUACACCACCCUCCUCAUUUCACAAACACACCACAAACAUCUCAUCCUCACCAUUACCCUCCAUCGGCAAACAACCCCCAGUAUUUCUAUUACAGAAACUAACCGGACUUAUCAACCAACCACUGCUACCACAAGAAAUCAUCCAACCCCAUCGGCUCUGACUGGAUCAAAUGAAAGUUGUCCAAUUCCUUGUGCUUAAUUCAUCAUUUCAACACCAAAAGACUUCUCUUCCAGAAGUACAACAACUUCCUACCAUCAAUUAUCUACUAUUAUAACUUCAUUGCAAGUAGAUAUAGUUUGUGUGUACUUUUUAAAAAAAAGUUUCCCCUCUAGAUUAGCUAUAUUUUGGUAAAACAUUGGGCACAAAUCUGGUCAAAAUUCAGGGCCUAGUUCCUUUGUUUUUUUUUGUUUUUUGUUUGUUUGCUAACAUGUGCUUGGUUUUACUCUUUUUAGUGCAAUAGACAUGUUUUGGUCCCAAUUCUCUUGACUUUCUACUGUUUAUCUAUUGUAGACCUAGUCUUAUGCUAACUUUCAAGUAAGUAAGAAGAGAUCAGAAAAAGAUGGAAAAUUUUCAGUUUUUUUGUAAGUGAGAAAGGUCCCCCCCACACCAUGAAGAAGAGGCCAAUUUAUUAUGAAUGGUGUGAAAAGCCUGGAAUGAGUGUUGAUAUAUCUUAGAAAAAGAAAGAAAAAGUGAGUUUGUUUGAGAGCAGAGGUGUCGUUGUGUUGCAGCAGAGUGAUCAGUGAUUAUUAUUUAGGGUUCACUGUUCAUGCAUGGAUGUCUCCUUUUUCUUUAUUUCUUUAACAAAGUAGUAUCUAACUGGUACUGUACCUUUUGCUUUGUUUCUGAAGUUAGUACUUAAAAUAGUAAAAUAUA